GCGCUGCUGAUGGAAUGAAGAUGGUGCCCAAAGUGGUGCUAGUUGUGCUCGGUAUUUUGGGCUGCAACGCGAGGCACCAGGCUCCUGCUGGGAAGGCUGUGGAACUCUUGGAGGAGCUGUGGCAGCAAGGGCAGGCAGAGCUCAAUGACGAAGCAGUUCGGUAUGAAAAGCUGAAGCAGUGGUGCACCGACACCGCCACCUCCAAAGAGAGUGAGAUCCAGGAGGGUCAGGACAAGGAGGAGCGUGCCAGUGCGGUGGUGGAGCGCACCGAGGCCGCCGCGGCGGCAGCGCAGCAGGACAUCGAGGAGCUGCUUGCAACAGUCGCCAAGCUAGACGAAGAGAU